AGAUGGCGGGAGGGGGGGAGUGAGUGGAGAAGAUCGCGGUCAGUGCGAAGCUGAAGCCAGAGGACCAGUUCAAGGCUGAGGGCAAUACUGGCAUCAGUUAAGGGCAUUAAACCUUUUCCAUAUAUGACAUCUUGAUCAAGAGUGGAUCCCUGUAUUAAUACCUGUGUUGGAAGUACACUUUUGCAUUGCAAUAAACUUCUAUGGGCAUACAUAAGGAUCUUAUUAUAACGGUGUUUGCGCAAGCUUGGAUGGUGCCAGCUAAGUGGUUUCAAGCUGUUUUACCACUCGCACCUCAUGGGUCCUUGUGCUGUUGACUUAGAUAAAGUGGUACAUCAGUAGAACGAUUGGCCUAUUUGACUGCAAAGCACCAAAACCAUCUGGAAAUAUUGUUCUCAAGUGUGCUGGACAGUUGGGAUUCAAUUUUGUGUCUGGAAUCUUCCAUUCUUGCUAUGUCUUCUGUUGUGUGAGGAGAUGCUUCCUGAAUGUGGCUGAGCCUGCAGCUACCAGAAUAUGCCUCAGGGGGGCUGUCCUGCCAAAGCCACGGACCGCGUGAGGGAGCCACCCACCACCGGCCCCGGGAGGCAUGGUUACAACCUUCAAGAUCGCUGUGCUCGGAGCCCAGGGGGUGGGAAAGACAGCUAUUGUGCGGCAAUUCAUGUACAACGAAUUCAGCGAGGCCUGUGUCCCUACCAAGGGUCGCCGUGUCUUCCUGCCUGCUGUUGUCAUGAAUGGCCAUGUCCACGAAUUGCAGAUCAUGGACUUUCCUCCUAUAACCUCUUUCCCGGUCAACACUUUACAGGAGUGGGCAGAUUCAUGUUGCCGGGGGCUCAGAAGUGCACAUGCCUACAUACUGGUUUAUGACAUCUGCUGCUUUGACAGCUUUGAAUAUAUUAAGACCCUGAGGCAGCAAAUCUUGGAGACAAGAGUAAUUGGUACCAAUGAAACCCCCAUUAUUAUAGUGGGUAACAAACGUGACCUUCAGAGAGGCCGUGUCAUCCCUCGAUGGAAUGUGUCCCAUCUGGUAAAGAAAACCUGGAAAUGUGGUUACAUUGAAUGCUCAGCCAAGUAUAACUGGCAUAUACUGCUGCUCUUUAGUGAACUACUCAAGAGUGUAGGCUGUGCAAGAUGCAAGCACGUGCAUGCUGCGAUACGCUUCCAGGGAGCACUGCGCCGCAACCGAUGCUCUAUUAUGUGAAGAUAUAUUCUCUACAUAGGGCUGUCUUAUUUGUGAAGCCAUCAAACAUUAUCGGGUUGAUAAGCUUAGGAGCAUCUUUCAGUCCAAAAAAAAGGACUAUUGGAUAUCAGAGAAUCUGUCCCAGACUUGUAUGUCAAUUGGUGGAUUUGAAUAACAAUUAGAAGAAUUUCAUUGGGGUAUCAGUGUGAAUGGACAGCUCCUCCUAAUCCUAGUCAUUUCUGUGCAGAACUGAAACUGUCUCCUUGCAGCACAGAAAAACAGCCUAAAUUUGGAACAUCAGGUGCUGAUCCUGAAAUUGAAAUUCUCUGAUAUGUUUUCCUCGGCUUGAAAACUCUUGGUGAUAAAGAAGUAGCUUCUGUUACACAGGAUACAGCUAUAUACAAUGAACUUAUUGUCGGUCAAGAUAAAUGCAGUAUAAUACUAAACUUCUCAGGCAGAUGGGCCCACGAUGUCACUUCCUAUAAUGAUGGGUCGCCAUCUUGUUAUCAGCUUUGGCUGCACUCAGUCUCACUCUUCCUAUAUUUGUUUCUGUGGAUGUAUCAAAAUAUCAAUAGCCCAAGAAAUGCUAAAGUGGCCACAGUAUGGGAAUUUUCAUAAUUUUCCUACAUAUCACAUAUAGAUCUAGUUAUGGGCUCUGCAUUCUUCAGCUGCUGCCCUAGCUUUUUUGUUGCUAGAUAUAAUUUUUAUUCAUAGAUACCAAGUAGGCUCCAAUAACAUACACAAGAAUAUAUCCACUUUAGCGUGAAAGACCCACUUUGAUAAGGAAGUCCUGUUUGAGUGUCUGUCUUGUAUAUUUUAUUUGGGAGCCAGAGAUAAAAUAGCAUAUGAAAGCUGAUGUGCUCAGCAGGGCAGAGGGUAAUAUAUGUGUAUUUAACUGUGAAGUUUCUUUAUUUUAAUCUAAAGUCUCCUAUUUAAAUGUCCUUGUAGAGAUCUCAUUGUAAUAGCAAAAACUCAAUAAUUGCAGAUCGGAAAGCAAAAGGUAAUUUGUGAUGGCUUCCAAAAUCAUUGUCUGUAUCAUUAGCUCUGUGUUCUUUCCCCUGUCAUGUGCUGUGGAUUGUUACAGCUUAUGUUUUGCUAUUUUUUCCUUUAUUGUUUCUUGUGUUGAUACCAGGACUGGCAACCCAUUGGGACCACAGCUGUUACAGAACUAUUCUUCCAAAGGCUCCUGGAGGAAGAGUUUUACAACUGUUAGAGCACCUAAGGUUUUCUAUGUCUAGCCUACACUUAAUAAUGACCAUGGCAGUGAAGAAUUGAUAUAUAAGGGUCACUGUGAACAAAUGACUGGUCUGGCAUCAUCUGCACAUUGGGAAUUCAAUAAGAAGUUGUUAUUAAUAAAAACUUAUGUGGUUAUUCCUAAAAUUAAAAUAUAUGACCAUUACUAUAAUAUAAAGUGAGAUCAACCUUCAGUUUCUUUAAUGUGGCCACAUAAAAAUGUGCUUCAAUAUCUUUUUAUUUGUGGAAAAUUGCUUUUUAUUUCUUACUGCUGUUUUAGCACAAAAGGGAAUUUUUCUGCUUAAUAAAAAGAUAAAACUUCCUUGUUA